UGUAUCAGUUUGCUGUAGCAGAAAAAUACACGGAUUCCGUCUCUGAAGUUUCACACCCUUACUGAAGUAUUCGGCAGUCGACAGGCGUUUCAAGGCGAGUCGGAGAUGUCGACUGCCAGGCUUGUGUCGAACUCCGAUUGUGAGGGGUUCCAUCCUGAGGUAGCAGAAUAUUUUGCUUCUUCAGAACCGAUAGAAUUCCAUAAUUCGGUCCCGCCGUCUGUCACAAUCAAACCAACGCCAAUCCACCCUAAGCCACCGUCUCAGUUGGCCUGUUGUGAAGAGAAAACACAAGCUGAGCAGUUUGAGCUGUACAAGCAGAUGAUGACGGCCCUGUACGAGGUGGACAGUCUCCGCAUUGACUGCCUCGAUACUGGACUCCGUGCCUCGUCUCUUCACCUAAAGAACAAAACUCUCAUGAUACAAAUCCAAGAACUCUCGGACCUAAGAGUCUCCCUGAGGGAGCAGGUGGCUCGCUUGAUGAUGGAGGUGGACAUGCUGAAAGGGAAGGGACCUCCUGUACAUCCAGGAGAUGUUAAAGGUGAUGCACCUGUUCAGAGGACAGGGGUCGCACAGACCACGUGCUUGGAUCAGCUGUGCCAAUUAAACAGUGUGUUACAUCAUGGAAAAGGACUCUCUCAACGUAAUCUAACCUUACCCGAAGACGCAAUAUCACGCUCAACCCAUUUAGCUGAACACAACAACAAAAGUUCGAACUCGCUUUUUGGUCGUUUGAUCAAACGUUUCAGAAGAAUGAAAUCCUGAUGUAUCUUUCAAUAUUAUUUUAUAAAUCAAAUAUAAAUCAUUAUAAGACCUUAAGAACCACUUCUGCGUUGAUUGUUCGCGACCAGCGUUGUGUCCCUUUUCAUGGCAGGAUCCGCUGAUGGACAGUACGAAUUUGAGAUUAUCCACAAUCCUUGGCCUAUGAUCACCAUGGCUACAUCUCUACCUUCAUGUCUGGCUUUCUUCAAAACCUAGGCUGAUAUGUCCUUAUAUGACAUGUUGAAAUGCUUUCAUUUGUUUCGUAAACAUGAGCACAAGUUAACAGCCAGGGUUUUUAAUGACUAUUUUGAGAAAGUAGUUACACAUUCCAAGAAAAGGCAUUCAUCAAGAACAGUAACAGAUCCGGAGUGAAUUUGAUCGUCUAUAGCAGGGUUUGAUCGUCUGUAGCAGGGUUUGAUCGUCUAUAGUUUGAUCGUCUAUAGCAGGCGAUUACUGUGGCCUUGUUAUCUUACUAUGAUGAUAUAUCACAAUUAAAUUGAUACAUAACACGCUGGAUAAACGAGGCGGAUAUAGAAACAACAACUCAAUAUUUAUAAAUACAUGUAGGGCCGUGCGUCCUAAAAUAAAAACCCAUUCUCUGAAAUCACAUUCGUGACAGAGAUUUUC